AGUAAUGAACAUGUGUGAUAUUCAUCAACUCUAUAUUCCUAUGAUUUCAGUGUGGGUUACUAGAUGUUCGUUACUCAAUUGAUCAGAGUGUAAAUGUUACACUAUUUCUUCAAUUCGUCAACGUAAGUUUAUUGAUCCUUGGCUAUCGUUUAGUUGAAGUGCCAAGUAGUGUUGGGGUCUUGAUGAGGUUAAGCCCGUAAUCUAUUGUGGAAAUAGCACAAGUGUUGAGGCGAUUUGGUACAGCACCAUGAGAUUUUUCAGAACGCCAAGUUUUCCUGUGAUAUUCUACUUGUUUUUGGUUUUUGGGUCUUCUUACUGCGAGGUUUUCACCGCCCUGACUGAUCUAGAGGAAUUAUUGUCAACAGAGAAUUAUUUGAUAACAACUUUGGAAAAUUAUGUCAGGGCUGAAGAAGCCAAGCUAGAUCUCCUGAAGAAAUAUGCAGAACUGUACAGGAAGCACCAUGACAGAGCAUCUGAAGAUGUUGAAUCUUACGUGUCAAAUCCCAUAAACGCAUACGUGCUGGUCAAAAAACUGACAUCAGAUUGGCAACAAGUGGAAUCUCUCAUCACCACAGAUGUAUCAACAGAUUACAUGGCCAACAUCACCUUCAUCAAGGAAAACAUGAAAUUCCCAACUUACGAAGAUCUGAAUGGAGCUGCUGUGGCCCUGACAAGGUUGCAGGACACGUACAACCUGGAGACUUCCUCCUUGGCGAAAGGCGAGCUGAAUGGCGUGAAAUACAGCGCAGAGUUAACAGCUGCUGAUUGCUUCGAGCUAGGCAGACAAUCUUACAACAAUGGGGACUACUACCACACCCUUCUAUGGAUGAGGGAGGCUGAUUUGAGGUUGAACAGGGAAUCCAACGAUACAAUCGAUAGGAGCGAUAUUCUAGAGUAUUUAGCGUUUUCUACGUAUAAGCAAGGUAAUAUUCCUUUGGCCUUGGAUUUGACCAAUAAACUGCUAGAGAUAAUCCCAUCGCACCCUAGAGCACUCGGCAACAAAGUUUUUUACGAGGAUGAGUUGCAAAAAUUCAACCAAUUCAAGAGGAAGGGUGAAGAAGGGGAAGUGGACCAAUCUGAAGAAAUAUACCAUGACCAACAAAGGGAAACCUACGAAGCCUUAUGUAGGGGGGAAAUAUCCCCUCCAGUCGAGAUCACCUCUCAACUCAAAUGUGUCUACGUGAACCAUGGUAACCCCUUCCUGUUCUUAGCGCCAUUCAAGGUUGAAGAAGCCUAUUUCAACCCCAACAUCUACAUAUUUCACGACGUUAUGAGCGAUGCGGAGAUUGAAACUGUCAAAAGAUUGGCGACACCUAGGUUCAGACGAGCAACCGUACAAAAUUCCCAGACUGGGGAACUGGAAAUCGCCCAGUAUAGAAUCAGCAAAUCUGCUUGGUUGAAGGAGGAAGAACACAAGCACAUUGCAGACAUCACCCAAAGGGUGGCUGACAUGACUAUGCUCUCUAUGGAUUCUGCCGAAGAACUCCAGGUUGUCAAUUAUGGCAUAGGAGGUCACUAUGAACCUCAUUUUGACUUCGCGAGGAAAGAUGAGAAACAUGCCUUCAAAGAUUUGGGCAGUGGCAACAGGAUAGCUACAGUUUUGUUCUACAUGAGUGACGUAGCACAAGGUGGGGCAACAGUUUUCCCUAACAUUCUAGCCUCUGUAUGGCCCAAAAAAGGCACAGCAGCUUUCUGGUACAACCUACACGAUAGCGGAGAUGGUGAUGUCAACACCAGACAUGCAGCUUGUCCUGUUUUGGCAGGUUCAAAAUGGGUUUCUAACAAAUGGAUCCAUGAGAAGUACCAAGAGUUCCUGAGGCCUUGUUCUCUAGUUAGGCCGCCGCCAGAGCUUACUACGUGAAAGAAAUGAAGACUGUUUUCGAGGAAUUGUGUAAUAAUAAUAUAAAUUUAUCGAAUCGACGUAAACCAAAAUUUCUGAAUUAGGGCGUGAGUGAAUCGAUGUUGUAAUCCUGAAUUUGUUAUUGGAGAACAUCUAAUAUUUUAUAUAUGAAUAAAGUUUUAUUUAUUAAA